CAAACGGCAACGCCAGAGUAAAUCAAUACUGUCACAAUAGCUGAUUCAACAAUCACCCGAACCCUCGCGGCUCUCCGGCGCCCGAGGAGAUUGACAUCGCCAGCGCACCCGUGGAAACUUUGCUUGUCAAGCUUGCCGCUAGCGAGUGGCUGUCAUUUAGUGUCACCACUGCAUUCUAUAAGGUUCUCCCCAACUUGUAGUUGUCUCGCCCAUCCGAACCCGAUGCAGAGCAUUUGCCCUCUCUUAGGUCAACUACUUGACGGAAAUAUUUGUCCAGCGUGCUUUGGCUCGUGCCACUGAGCUUGACCAGUACUUGAAGAAAAGCGCAAAAGUUACUGGUCUGCUACGUGGCUUGUCUGUUUCCCUCGAAAGACCGAUUGUGUAUCAAGGGCUUGGAGACAACCAUGGGAUAUGUAUCUUGGAUUGAGAAGGAUGUGGACAACAGUGCAAUUCUUGUCGAUAUCCUAUACGACUGUGGAGCAGUCGUCCCGUUCGUAGGCACGAAUGUGCCUCAAACACAGAUGACAAGUUACCAUGGGUGUACUCUACGGCUUGUCAUCUUUUACUGGUGGGGAGAAAAACUUAACAAUACACGCGGUAGAACAAGUACUUCGCACAAGCGGUUUGUGACGUCUGGCGGUUCUUCCGGUGGCGAGGUAAUUCCCUCGCUCCUAGGCUUACUUCUAACCCUCGCAUUGCAGUUCCAUUCGCAUUUCGGCUCCUUUUUGCAGUGUCUAUGGCCUGUAACCUUCCUACGACCGUGUCCCAUAUGGUGGUGCAGUGAGUUCCAUAGAAGGGUAGAAUUCGAUUCUGUCCGACCAUGGCUAGGAGAUCCACUCGCAGUGCGCGAGCACCGGAAUCAUGAGAAACACAAGUUGGCAAAUCACGGACAUGGCAAGGACCUUUGCUUUGCAAUCAUGUGGGAUGAUGAAGUAGUCAUCCACCUGUCAAGAGAGCACUUGAAAUGACGAAGGCGACGUAAUCCUUUUUCCUGUCUCAGGUCGCUUUCUCCUAAUUAUUUCGGUUGUAGGGUGGAUGCCCUUCAAGUACCGGGGACUGUCUGAAGCUGUCUUCAAUAUUCGGCGUUCAGGUGUGGUAGAAGACAUUUGCGGUCGCUACGUCGGCUACUAGGGAGCCCCUCAUCCACAUCAUGUUACCUUUUACCGCUGUUCCGGAAGCAGAGUGGAAUGACGGCUCAUCAACUCUGGCAAGUUCAGUGUCAGCUUUCAGUUACACUGAUUACGCCUCAAUGUGCAGCGUGUUGGAUUUCACUUCCUCGGUCACAAGUGCCGACCCGGACUUGGACGCAAAGCGGCUUCCCCAUCAUGUAUAGACACUUUUAGACUAAGAAACAGAAUCAUGUUUGUGUCCAUCAG